GUGCGGCGCGUGGAAUAAAAAAAAAUAAGAGAGCUGCGCCGAUCGCCAUGAUCAUUCCACCACUCGCCGAGGCCCCCGACGGUCCUAUCUUUUACUCUCUUCUCUGCAUGCGCCGCGUUCCCUCACUUUUUAUGAGCUGUGAAUCCAAGUUUAUAAUUGUGCCAUCUAGUCAACUGCUCCCUGAUCUCAUUGCCGUGGAUUACUGUGCAGGUUGCCAAGCCCUACGUCGACCUCCGAUGGCUUCCAUCCCACAAGGCGCGUUCGCCAGCUACAAGAUAAGGGCGAACGCUCAGAAAGAAAAGCAGAACAACGACUGGCAGGGCAAAUACAAUGACACCAAGGGCUCCUCAAAGGGCUUCAAAGAGUACUUUGGCCUGCCGCAAUUCAACGGCGAAUUGCUUGCAAUUUCGCCUGCCAAGUACAAUGAGAAGCUGAUGAAAAGCAUCUGGGGACAGUACAACAGAUACUCUGUCCACAAUUUCAAGCAGAUUAAGGGAGAUGCAGUUGCCUAUGGCAGGCAGCAGCUUCCGCAAGUUGACGAAAUGAUCGUCAAAAGCGUGUCUGCCUGCCUGACCAACCCCACAUUCUUGGUCAACAAAAGCGGAUAAAACCGCUUUGUUGACCGACAAUGUACAACACCGUAGAAAAACAAGGGUUUAUUCUUCUGAAAUGCCAUAUUAGCUUUUUUAUAUUUCAUAUGCAGAGAAUAAACAGUAGAAGGGUUCAAAAAACCUAA